AUGGGCUUCCAGGAAACACGGCGUGAUGUGGAGCCGUCGUUCGCGCUCCCUCGCCCCGUUCCUGCCUCCCCGGGUCCGGCCUCACCGAGAGGAAGACAACAAGUCGAAGCCGAGGAAGAAGCGGCGUUUUGGGCAGUGAGGGAAACACCCGUUGGAGAUUCUGCUGAAGAAAAACAGAGCGGAAGCCGGCCUCGACCUUGGCAGACGAAUCGGCUGGCGGUCGGUCGCCCUUACCGGGGGAAACCGCCUCUCCGCGACAGCGCAGGCGGAGGCCUGGGGAACGAGGAAGACGGCGAGCAAGACAGGGGAGAAGAAGAGGAGGAAGGACAGCAGGAAACACACGAACUCGACAGACUGGAAUACGCUGUACAGGCGGCGGAGGCAGAGGAAGAAGAAGAAGAACGCGGGAAAGGCGCGGAGAAAGACGGAGAGGAAGAUGGAGAGGACGACGAGGAAGGAAGGGAGGAAGAUGGAGAGGACGACGAGGAAGGAAGGGAGGAAGAUGGAGAGGACGACGAGGAAGGAAGGGAGGAAGAUGGAGAGGACGACGAGGAAGGAAGGGAGGAAGAUGGAGAGGACGACGAGGAAGGAAGGGAGGAAGAUGGAGAGGACGACGAGGAAGGAAGGGAGGAAGAUGGAGAGGACGACGAGGAAGGAAGGGAGGAAGAUGGAGAGGACGACGAGGAAGGAAGGGUGGAAGAUGGAGAGGACGACGAGGAAGGAAGGGAGGAAGAUGGAGAGGACGACGAGGAAGGAAGGGAGGAAGAUGGGGAGGACGACGAGGAAGGAAGGGAGGAAGAUGGAGAGGACGACGAGGAAGGGAGGGAUGAAGAUGGGGAGGACGACGAGGAAGGAAGGGAGGAAGACGGAGAGUGGGGUUUGUCGUCAGCGCUGAGUUCCGAACAGGACGAAAGUGCAUGA